UAGGGUAAAUGAAACGUUGGUCCUUUAUUGACUAAUCACGCUACCGAUUGCCAAGUAGACAAACAGGAAGUCAGGCCGCUAGCUAAUCAUGGGAUAACUUGUUAUUGGAAGGCAUUUCCAAUUCCGACGCUUAUUUUAUUUUGCUUAUUUUGUUGACAGUAAGUAGUUUGUAAGUGAAACAUACAAGAUGACAGAUAUGUAAAUAAAGGUUGAUAUGGCAAUAAGGAAACGACCUCCAGACAGUUGGACAAGCCCAGUAGUCAUGAACCCCAGUUCUCCCUGUGAGGGCCAGAGCCCUGAGGGUGACCCUCCAGAUGAUUGGUUCCACCUUUCCACCAUGUCUCUGGGAACUCAGGGCUCUGAUGGGAGCCGGGAUGACCCAGAGGAACCUGAGGAGAGAGGCAGACUCAAGUCCAAGUUGGUGUCGGCAUGGAACAAUGUCAAAUAUGGCUGGUCGUUCAAGUCAAAGGCCCGCUUCAGCAAGACCUCUCCUCUGACCAUGCUUGGACAGUCUUAUCUGCUCAGUCAUGGAGUGGAGAGGGAGUGCUUUCGCCAGGCCUUUGCCACUCUGCUGUGGCUGACGUACAGGCGGGGCUUCCCACAGCUGGAUGGUUCCUCUCUGACCACAGACAGUGGGUGGGGCUGCAUGCUGCGCAGUGGACAGAUGCUGCUGGCACAGGGGCUGCUGCUACACCUGCUGCCGCCAGGCUGGACCUGGCUCUCUGCCAACCAUGUGUCCAAAGAUGACAUGGAGGUACAGGAGUCUCGCUCCUUGGGUCCAGAGGUGACUAAGAAGGGAAGGAGGAAGAGCAUAGUGUCCUUCCUGGAGAGCCGGACUGAGGUCACUCACAGACGGGUGGUGUCCUGGUUUGGGGACCAUCCCAUCGCCCCGUUCGGGCUGCACCAGCUGGUGGAACAGGGCACAAGCGCAGGGAAGAAGGCAGGGGACUGGUACGGCCCCUCCAUCGUAGCACACAUUCUUCGUAAGGCUGUUGACGCAGCAUCAGCAGAGGUGUCCAAUCUGACAGUGUAUGUAGCACAGGACUGCACUGUGUACAUAGAUGAUGUGGUGAGGCUGUGUGAGAGACCUCUAUCUGAGGGCUCCACAGGACCCAGUGCAGCCUGGAAGUCUGUCAUCAUCCUGGUCCCUGUGCGCCUGGGAGGAGAAGUCCUCAACCCCACCUACAUCAAAUGUGUCAAAAAUCUCCUGAGGUUAGAAUGCUGCAUUGGAAUCAUUGGUGGUAAACCCAAGCACUCUCUCUUCUUCGUUGGGUACCAAGACGAACAGCUGCUGUACUUGGACCCCCACUACAGCCAGUCCACAGUGGAUAUUACACAGGAUAACUUCCCCUUAGAGUCGUUUCACUGUAAGUGUCCCAGAAAGAUCUCCUUCAGUCGCAUGGAUCCCAGCUGCACUAUAGGCUUCUAUGCCAAGAGCCAGAAGGAAUUUGAGUUACUGUGUUCAACUGUUAGCACGGCUCUCUCAUCAUCAACAGAAAAGUACCCCAUCUUCACCAUUGCAGAGGGUCAGGGACCGGAUGGGGGGCAGGAGGAUGAGAGUGAUGCACCCCCAAACUCUAUCACCCACAUCCUGACCAAGGACAAGGCGAGGCUGCGAAGGACCAAUAACAGCAACAGCAUGGAUGAGUUUGUGUUAUUGUGAAUUAACAUAGCAGGUAUAAAAGUUCUAAGCUAGGUUGAAUUAGCUGUAUCCCUGAAAACCGGAACAUCCGGUUGUUGGCAACUCUGCUAAGGGUGCUGUGAACAGACUGACUGAAUGUGGCCAGCAGGGAACAUAAUUCACAUACCAACUCAUACACACAGUUACUGAACUGAGCUUUAUCAGUGGCAGCUACUGACGGCGCACAUGCUCCAGCAAACGCCUUUAUCCCCAACCUCCACAGGCAAUAACCAGGCUGGGUGAGGUGUUGCUGAAUAGAACAGGCCAAUGACACUAUUCUUGUGUAUUUAUUAGUAUGGGCUAAUUAUUUGAUUUAAGGGGAUGUGUUUUUAUGAAUGUAACAAUAUUUUUUAAAUGAAGGUUUUUAUAUAAUUGUUUUUCAUUUUAAGGUUUGAUAUCAGUAUGGUUUUGAGGUUCUUACGUUAAAUAACCUGCCUUCAACUUGGUUGUUUAUUAUUCUACAUGAAGUCAUGGGUGACUCUAUGCCUGGCUGAAAGACACUAACUGACCCUAUUUCAUCAUUGUGUAGAUAGGCUGCUCAUCCCAUAGUCCUCUCCACUACAACCUUUUGUUGAACUACUUUGUAUUGAGUCUAAUGCUGGACAAUCUGGGCUCUGAGCUGCUGUUUGACAUCAUGUGACAGGAUGUCUGCUCUCUGAAUGGAUUAGGAAAUUGGAUUCCUUAGACCUUGUGAUGUGCACAUGGAACCGGUGAAGGAAUCAAUUUGUCUUCUUAGAGAUGUGUUGGUUUUCUGUGGUUGAGUGGGGAGAGUAUAAAAUAAUAAUUUCAACGAAGAGGAACAUUCUGAGCAAUAUGGGGUUGCAUUUGCCCUGUUUUCGGAAUGAAUAUUUUUUUACAUGGAAAAUGAGUGGCAGAAUGCACUCAAUAAAAGCUCAGUAACUCAGUCAACUUCAUCAGACUGAUUUUAGUUUAGGCCAUACAAAUUUGAAUUACACGUUUAACGGAUACCCUGCAGUGCUUCUACAUUGUUUGUUAUUUGGGGUUUUAGGCAGGGUUGAUGGAAGGUGCUCUCUUUCUAUUUUGUCUGUCUGUGUUGUUUGCAAACCCUAUACAUUAUUCUAAAUCCACGACACUAGCCCAGGUCUUAGACCAAGAUUGUAUCUCGGUCUAGCAGUGUAACACUAAGCCACUUAUUUAGCCACUUAUUACAUGUUUAACGGAUACCCUGCAGUGCUUCUACAUUGUUUGUUAUUUGGGGUUUUAGGCAGGGUUUCUGUAUAGCACUUUGUGACCUGCUGCUGUAAAAAGGGCUUGAUAAAUACAUUUGUUUGAUACCCCUCUUCAGUUUUCUCCCCACCCCAGAAAAUCUUAAUACUUUACUGAAAAAUGUAAUGAUUGUAGCUAAAAUAAUGUCCUCAAGCUUCUAGUAGAGAGCUAUGCCACUUCCUCUCAGAUUAUGGAUGAACUAUGCCUCUUUUAGCUUCAUCUCUUGGUUAGGUCUCUAGGAGUUGAAUUAAGGUCGUUGUAGUAUUUUAACAAGAACCACAUUUAAAAAUACAUUUGGAAAGAGACCUAACAAUGUUAGUAUUUCUGGUUUAUUGGAAAAAUGCAUCAAAAGCAGAAAUUCUGAGCAGUGUAGUAUCUAAAAGGGAAAGUGCUGCACAUUAGUCUGUAGGUAUGGACCUCAUGUCAUGGCCAUACUGCUGGAAAUACAGGUGAGAGUGGUACUGUAGCUCAGGCAGCACUAGUCGCACACAGAGCCCCUCUUCCUGCAGAGUCAGGUUCCCUCGUACCUUGUAUCCCAGGAUGGUGACUGUGUCGGUCUGCCAGGGCCUGACCAGGUCCUCCAGCUCACCAGGGGGCACUCCUCCUCUGGCCACACACUUCUGUCUGAGCCUCUGUGUGGAGGCCCUCAGUAGGUUCACCUCCCUUUUCAGUCUCCCCAGGCCAUACUGCUCAGCUUUCUCCCAGAACACCUGCAGAAAUAAGUUGUAGAGCAGCACAUCCAGACUGUUCCAGGCCCAGAGCCUGGCCUUGGUGUCGUCCUCUAUCGGGGUGAUGUCCGAGGGGGCGCGGACAUUCAGGUGCACAUAGGCCAGCUCCUCAGGCUCCAGCUGCAGCAGAGCCCCCAGGAGAACCAGAGACUCGUCAAAGUGCUCAGCAAUCAUUACCAGCUGGAAUGCCUCCUCCAGCUGAGUCAGCUCCAUGGGCCAGGAUGCGUUCCACUCUUGGCUGCUGAGGCCCAGGUCAAAGCUCAUAGGGUUCCUGGCUAGGCCAUUCCCAGGUUCUGUAGGGUCCCAGUAGGACUCUGGGGCCUCCAGGAAGACUGAGAGGGCUGACUUCCUGUUAGCUGUGUCAGCUGCCUUUUUGGCUAGAGUGAAGGCAGGUACAGUGGAAGUGUAGUAGCUGAAAACAGACUCAAAAGUAUGUAGAGGAUCACGCAGCAGGGUGAUAUAGAUGGUGUUCCUGGGCAUCACCUGUUUCACCUGUCCCAGGUCCAGCCGCAUGUGGCUGCAGAGCAUGUCGAACUGAGAGGAACCCGGUGGCAGCUCAUCUACAAAGUCUGCUCGGAACCUGGAGCCAUAAGGAAGGUUAAACAUGUUAAAGCAGUGAAAGUUAUCUGCAGUUAAUAUCCACCAAAUGGAGGGGCUCCAAAUGUAGCAGAGACCUGACAGUAUAUUUGAUCAUCUGAACAUUGCAAUAGAACAUAUCUACUCAUCAGAUGAAUAGAGGUAACUGUAUCUUACAGGAGAUGGUAGUCGUGCCCAUACCUAUCUGGGUAGCUGAACUGGUAUGCGUAAUAGGGGAAGGCGAAAGUGAGGUUCUCCUUCUCCCCAAGGCGGAACAUCAGAUUCUGAACAGUGCUGCUUCCAGUCUUGUGUGUUUUGAGGAAAGCUACAGGUGGAGGGCUCCUCCUUGUCCUCAUAAAGGUGUACCCAUUGGGAUCUCUUUGAUGCUGCAGAUUGGGUGUCUGAACCUCCUUCCUGCUGUUAGGGGCAGUGUGGGAUGGGACGGGGGUGUUUGGAGGAGCAUUGUCGGAAAGUGCUCCCUUCUUCACCUUAUGGCCCUUGUGCCCACCAUAGUGGCUUUCGACAUAGGAAAGAGAGAGGAUUUCAACAGACAUCUAGGUAAAUAAAGUCUCAACAGGACUUAUGUAGCUUAGCUGUAUGCCAUGACAAACUGCUCAUUAAUCAGUUCUGUAUUUGAAAGGUUUUUUUAAUCUGUAAUGCAUUUAUGCAAAUAUAUGUAGUGUUUCUCUGGUACAUUUUCACAAUAACCACUGAGUUAAAUCUAUUAGUUUUACCACCACCUACAGCUACAGACAGUGCAUAAUGGUGUGGGGAGAAAGAGAGAGACAGACUGUCCCUUACCUUGGAUGCUGCAAUGACUGAGUAGCCAGGAGCAUGAGAAACAAGGUGACACACAAAGCCAUCAGGAGACCCAUCACACGGUGUCUCCAAAGUUGGGUGGACAACCAGCGGAGGGUCAUCUCCUUUCUGUGGCCCACCCGAAACACUUUCCUCUGGAACCUUCUUCCCUCCGAGCAUGGAAAAUAGGCUCUGGGACUUUGAAGGUGAGACUGGGUUCCGGAGCUUAAAGAAACUGACAGACCUGACCUCACCCUCUAAGCUGGCUCAGUGAGACGUCACACAGCCAGCCAGCAACUCUCCAGCCAAGAAGCCAUGAUUGAGUUUUUGACUAACAUAAGAUUUGAGAAUGUCUAUUCUCAACCUUUGCUGCUGUUGUGUAAGGUGCAACUGCAAUAUGACAAGGCUAAAUGUCCUUAUUCACAUGUUAAGAGCAGCAAUCACUGUUUUUGUAUAUCAGGGAUGCUAAAUACUAAAAGCUAAAUUGGAUAAGAGACAAGGACAUUAAGGAAAAUAAAUACAUACAAUAAAUGAGAUAUAAAUAAGAACACAAAAAUUUCCCAACACAAACAAUAGUAAAACCACCUAGGCCUAAAUCAAGGUGUGCAACAAUGAAAAUGUAUUUUAAGAAUAGCCUACACAUCUACAAACAAGUUAACGACACCCUUGUUUUUAUGGUAUUUCACUAUUUUCUUAUAUGAAUGUGUGUGAUAUGACUGUGGCAAACACAUUGACAGUGCUUUUCAUUGAAAGGGACUCGACCCUUAAUGUGCAUUAUCAUUCAAUUGGUUAAAAUUCUACAUGUCAAGAUACUAUUGGCUCAUAAUAAAACUGGUGAUAAACGGGUAACCCUUACCCUCCUGUGAGGAGGUCAUGUUCGUUACAAAAACGUUGCAGAUAGAAAUGCCAUGACUUAGAAAUUCCUGAUUUAUUUUGUAUUUUUAAUCCCAGGGCCCGUCCCCGCAGGAGGCUUUUUGGUAGACGUCAUUGUAAAAACGUAUAUGUUCUUAACUGACUUGCCUAGUUAAAGGUUAAAUCAAAUCAAAUAAUGUAAAAAGUUUUGUAUUGAUGAACGCGGUUCCAGUGGUGCCCGACUUCAGGAUUUUUGGAGUUGACUCCGACUCCUGUGAUCGGAGUUGAAAUGAGUCGCCACUUAUUCGGCUCUUGCUCAACUCCAAAAACAUGCUGAAAAGGAUGCACACACAUGUACGCACCACCUCAUUAUUGCAGUCCUAGUAGGAAGAUUAUAUUUGCGUUUCAGAGGACUGGCAAGAGCAUGAUCCCUACCAGUUGAAUAUUAAAUGACUAUUUUGUUUGAUUAUAGAAGGUGAUGUGUAAGUGUAACAGUAUAAUUUUAAACCGUCCCCUCGCCCAUACCCGGGCGCGAACCAGGGACCUUCUGCCCAUCGCCCCAUCGCUGCGGCCCUUGCAGAGCAAGGGGAACUACUACUUCAAGGUCUCAGAGCAAGUGACGUAACCGAUUGAAACGCUACUUAGCGCACACCGCUAACUAAGCUAGCCGUUUCACAUCCGUUACAUAAGAAGUUACAUCUAUAAUAUUUCAGUGAUAUUUCUGCUGUGUGCAGCCUCCACAGAUCCCAUGUGAUGGAUGAUACUGCGCACUCGAUGCUGUUAAGCCUAUUCUUUGAAAUGUUAGAGUUUGUGUUCUCCGGGAAAUAGUUCCCUCCUGAAUUUUAGGAGUCGAAGCUUGACACCAAGGAAAGGGAGUCGACAGGCAAGGAGUUGAGGAAUCGAUUAUUUUGGAGUCGAUUAUCCACCACUACCCAAUUCUCUCCGUGGUUCUAUCGAGUCCAAAUGCAUUUCAUUUCAAUAACCUGUAUCAUCAUAUUUUGUUUUACUGUAAAGCGGACUGGUACUGUAGAGGACUGCUAAUUCUUAUGUAGGUGACAUUACUGCUAUUGCAUUGUUAUAACUGAGACAACACAUAGCAACGUAUUUUCACAGUAAAGCAUGUUGGGUCCCCUACAGGAUAGCUCCCACACACACACACACAUACACACACUAACUGCCGAGGACACACAGAUAAGACAUACACCCACACAUUGGGAGGAAGAGACACAGCCUUGACUUGCAGACACAAGCACACACACAAUCUCCUUCCUAGCCGAACAUUGUGCGACUGAGAACAGCCCGACGAGACCCGGAGGAACGACGGACGGCUCAACAGGACCAAUCCAAGAAGACAACACCUCAACUGUGGCCAACCAAAAGACUGUGACUUCCAGACUCAACCUACUUUCUGUACUGUACAUAACAUGCUUGCAAUCUGUUAUCGGGGCUUCUUUCUGCUGGUUCCUUGUGAGCCAAAUGAAUGAGCCCGUAUACGUUGUACCAGAUAUCUUUACUCUGAAUAAACUGUCGCUUGUCACAUAAUUGA